AUGGAGCCCAACUCCAUUCGCACGUGGGAUGCCAUGGUUGAAAAGUUCUUAGAAAAAUACUACCCACCGAGUGAGGCGUUGAAGAGGCAGUCAGAGAUCAUUUCAUUUGAGAUGACUACCCAAGAGAGUAUCCGAGGAGCUUGGGAAAGAUUCAAGGGACUGAUGAAGAGGUGCCCCAAUCAUGGGCUGAAUCCGACGCAUCAAGUCUUAGCAUUCUAUAGGGGGUGUCUGCCUGAAGCAAAGCGCGAACUGAACUUGAGCGCAGGGGGAUCAUUGCUAAAGAAGGGAGAAGCAGAGUCCACGGAAGUGAUUGAGAGAGUGACCUCUAAUGAUGAAGGCUGGAACAACGAGAUGAGCAGAGUACACCGGGUAGCCUCUGCCGCAGAGAGCAGCUAUGUGGAUAACGUGUAUAAACAGAUAGAGCUCCUCCACAAGAAGGUAGAUCUCAUGGGGAUGGGACCGGCUAUACAGGAGCAGAAAGAGGGUGUACAGGAUGUUAACUACAUACACCAAGGUGGUAAUAGAUACUAUAACAACUCCCACCCCAAUCAAGGGGGUGGGGGUUACAAUCAUUUUGGGAACAAGGCGCAUCCUAACUUAUCGUAUGGGAACCCCAACAUUGCCCUGCAGCCACCACCGGGGUUCACGGUGUCUCGAGGAAUGAUCACUGAGCCGCAGAAGAAAAGUUCAGAGGACAUAUUGAAUGCAUUCAUGAUUCAGUCACAUAAGAACAUAGAGCACACCAAUCAAAGGCUAGAGAAAGUUAAGAAUAAUAUGCAUGGCAUGGCAGGACAUAUGAAGAGCCUAGAGACACAGAUGAGUCAGAUUGCCCAAGCCGUGGGACAAUUACAUCAAUCGGGGCAAUUCCCAAGUACUACAGUUCCAAAUCCGAAAGACUGCAAGACAAUCUACUUAAGGAGUGGGACAAGCUACGAGAGUCCUCCUAUGCCCGAGGUGGGAGCUAAUGAAGUACCCGAAGAGAAGGAAGAAGAGGAGAUCGAGGUGGAAUCACCACUUAUGCAGUCCGAGGUUCAACCCGAGAAGAAGUUGGAUGAGAAGCUUGUUAAGUUCCUUGAGAUCUUCAAGAGAGUGCACCUCAAUAUUUCUCUUAUUGAGGCUCUCCAACAAAUGCCCGGCUACCUCAAGUUUUUGAAAGAGAUUGUGUCCAAGAAGAAGAGGUUGGUUGAUUAUGAAACCGUAAAUUUGACCGAGAAUUGUAGUGCAAUCAUCCAAGAAAAGAUGCCGGCAAAGAUGAAAGAUCCGGGGAGCUUCAACAUUUCUUGUGUGAUCGGGAAUGAUAGGCAAACUAAGGCCUUGUGUGACUUAGGGGCAAGCAUAAAUCUCAUGCCUUUAAGCUUCUUCCGAAAGUUGAAAUUUGGUGUCUUGAAGCCAACUACCUUUACCCUCCAUAUGGCGGAUAAGUCCGUCAAAUUCCCGAAUGGACUCCUUGAGAAUGUGUUGGUAAGGGUGAACGAUUUCAUCUUCCCCGCGGACUUUGUUGUUUUGGACAUGAAGGAGGAUCCAAAUGUCCCUCUCAUCCUUGGAAGACCAUUCCUAGCAACCAGGAAAGCUCUAAUUGACGUCACUAAGGGAGAAUUCUCCCUUAGGCAUGGAAACAAGACUACCAUUCUCUCUAUAUUGGAUAAGAUGAAACGCCAAGAAGAGGAAGAGGCCAAGAGAGUAGAAGAUGCCAAGAGCGUGGAAGAGGUGCCCUUGAAAGUUGAAGAUUGCAAGAUGAUACAAGUGGCACAUGUGAAUGGUAAGGAUGAUGAGGUGGGGAAACCUCUGGAGAAGAGAUGUAAAUGA